AUGUGCAAAAGACGACAGGGUGUUGGCCCUGGUGAGCAGGACUGGGGCUAUAUAGACGUCCGUGAUGGCGCGCACAUGUUCUACUGGCUGUACUACACUACUGCCACAACCGACUAUGCCACACGGCCUCUUGUCAUCUGGCUGCAAGGUGGGCCCGGAGCUUCUGGCACAGGUUAUGGUAACUUCGAGGAACUCGGCAUUGUUGACACUGACCUCAAUGUCCGGAACUCAUCUUGGGUUCAUAAGGUGAAUGUAUUAUUUAUAGAUAAUCCUGUGGGAACAGGAUUCAGUUAUGUGGACAGUAACUCCUUGUAUACAACUACAAAUGCAGAAAUUGCUGCUGAUUUACUUACCUUUAUUAAGGCAUUUGUGGAACAGUACCCCACUUUUCAAACUGUUCCACUCUACAUAUUCAGUGAAUCAUAUGGUGGAAAAAUGGCGUCAGAGUUUGCCCUUGAACUGUACAAGGCAAUACAAGCUGGUGAAGUGACAAUCCCACUUAGAGGAGUUGCUAUGGGAGAUUCUUGGAUUUCUCCCAUAGAUUCAGUACUCACCUGGGCACCAUUUCUUCUGCAAACUGGUAUGAUAGAUAGUGAAGAUUAUGCUGAAAUUGAUCAGUAUGCUCAGUUAACAAAUGAUGCUGUCAAUGCUGGAAAUUAUGGUUUGGCCACAUCACUAUGGUCAAUUACAGAAAAUGUUAUUUUAUCAGUAACAUCCAAUAUAGAUUUCUACAACAUACUGUACAAAGUUAAUGGUUAUGGAAGGUACUCACACAAAGCAGAGCUCAGAGGACUUAAUAGAGCAUCUGAUGAAGAGCUAAAUGAACUGAUGAAUGGCUAUGUGAGAAACACCCUGGGAGAUGUGAUUCCUUCCAAUGUUUCCUGGGGUUCUCAGAGUACUUAUGUUUCUAAUGCUCUAAAUGAUGAUUUUAUGAAACCAGUAACAGAUGUUGUUGAAUCACUUCUCAAUGAGACUGACAUUGCUGUAGUAGUGUACACUGGAAAUCUGGAUCUCAUUGUCGACACACCAGGUACACUAAAGUGGGUAGAAAAUUUAAAGUGGGCUGGUGCUCAAAGCUGGGAGGAAUCAGACCGUUCACCUAUAAUGGUUAAUGGUACCAUUGAAGGAUACUACAAGAAAUAUGACAACUUUGCCUUCUAUUGGAUUACACGUUCUGGCCAUAUGGUAUACAAUGAAAGCUACAAGAAACUUUGCAAAGGCAAAGUGCAUAAAAUCUCACUAUAUAAAGUGGAGAAGAAAGCUGCAACACCAAUAGAUGAACUAGAGGCACUGGAACUAGUUGUAGGAGAACCUAUAUCUAACUUGUUAGAUGUGACUAGCAGUGCAGUGAGCCCAAGGAAGAAAAUACCAACAUCAGAACAACAAUUAAGGAGACAGUGGCUCUUGUUUUUGGCUGAUUUGUUGCCUCUAGAGAUUGGAGGUGGUACCAUGGUGGCGACAGAGUAUGGAUCCAAUGGGGGCAGUGCGAAGGCAAGCAAUGGGUGUCAGUCAGUCAACAACUGGCUGGCAUAUGAUAAUACCCAAGGCAGAAACAGGAGACUGUGGUUAAGACCAAGAGUGCUGGUGCUACUGAAGAAGGGUUAG